AUGGCUCAGCCCAGCGCCGUGGUGGCGAUCGGUGGUGGUCUUCGGCUGCUUCCCCAGCUCCCGCCCACCACUAACACUGAUGACGCAUCGCAAGCGCUCACGGACGUCUUCCUUUCGGAGUUCUGUGCACCACUUCAGUGCAGCAGCCAUCACCUGCACACACACGUUCCACGGUAUAUGGUGCCAACACCAGCGAGUAGGCGAUACACCCCUCGCGCCGGUGAUCCGGUGCUUGCCAUUAUCGCCCGAAAAGUGAGUCAGCACUAUUACUACUGCUACAUUGGAAGCUCCGCAUUGGCCUACAUGGAUGCCUUGGCGUUUGACGGCGCCACGAAGGUAAACCGACCGCGGCUGGUGGAAGGCGAUGUUGUGUACUGCUACGUGAAGCCUCGUGCGGCAUCGAGCUACGUUGAUGGCACGCCACGGUCGGUCGCCAGCGGAGUAGUUGACACGGCUGGCGAAGUGGAGACAAGCUGCACAGCAGCAGAGGUCGGGCUUCCACCCAAGGACUGGACAUCCGGGGAGGCCGUCUUCGGACCGUUGCACGGGGGACGCGUUCUGCACCUCCCACUGGCGUAUGUGCGGCGUCUGCUCAUGCCAAUGGGCCUCUCCCCAGGCAAGGCAUCAGCACAGCAGCAAAAAAGCAAUCGCACGGAAGGCGAAAUCAGUGGUGGUGAAGAAGUGCCCGCCUCAUACCUCCUUCAGCUGCUGGGGCGCCGAGUCCCCUUCGAGGUGGCUGUCGGCCUCAACGGACUCGUGUGGGUCCGGGGGCUCUCUAGUGAGGCUGACGCCAUGGCUGCUGCGCGGCGCACUGUUGCCGUAAGCUCGUGCAUCUCCGAGGCCCAGUACGACGCCACUCGCGCCGAGAUGGAAGCCCGCGUUGAGGCUUACUUUCCUUCGUGA